AUGGACGCCGAGGAUUGGUUGAAGGACACUGAGCGCAAGCUCAAGACGGUUGGAUGCACAGACCAAGAGAAAGUGAGAUACGCAACACACUUGUUGUGUGGACCUGCCACAUCAUGGUGGGAUAACGUUGUAGCUGUACACCCAGCUGAGAAGAAGGACAAGGCCAUUCUGACCUAUGUCAGAGAGUUCUCAGGGCUAUCUAGAUAUGCCGCUGAGGAGGUAAAUACUGAGGAUAAAAGAAAGAAGAGAUUCAUGAGGGGACUGAAUCCUCAUUUCAAGAUGCAGCUUAGGAUGCUGAGAGCAACAGAGUUCCAAGAUUUGGUUGAUGUAGCAAUCACUCUGGAAGAUGAUUUUAAACAAGUUCAAGAGGAGAAGCGCAAGAAGGCCAAGUAUGAUCCAAAGAAGUUUGUUAGCAACAAACCCAGUACCAGUCUGAGCUUCAAGCCCAGAUACAACCCCAAUAACAAUAGAAGGACCCCAGCAUCCCAGUUUAUGGCAAACAUUAUCUGCCGUACCUACAGAUUCAAAGGACAUUACUCAAAGGAUUGCCGUAAGACAAAGGUGAUUUGCUUUGGUUGUCGCCAGGAAGGGCAUAUGCUGAAAGAUUGCCCUAACAAGAACAAUGGAGGAGGAAAGCCAGGAGAAGGUGGGAGUAGGAACGGGAAUUCCGGAGGAAACUAG